UGCUGUGACAGUGACAGUUCAGCCAUCCAUAAACAAAGCUGCUCUGCAUCUUUGCAAGCGGCCCAAAUUUGUUGUGAUUCGUGCUAGUUUUCGUUAAAAUUUCCUACGAAAUCAACGCAUUUCCUAAAACAAGACUAAAGGUAGGAUUACUAAAAUCAAGAUGGACAUUAAACCGAUCCCGGACAGUCCGCACAAAACGAUGCUAUCCAACCCGUUGCCACGACCUGCAUCUACUGCCGGUUUCAGUUCCAUGAUGCAUUCGAAGUUACCGCCACAAAGCAGUAUGGUAAUGCAAACACCGAUGCCUACCGGUCCUCAAGAAGCAAUCAACUCCAUACUAGUUAGAAACUGUGUAGCAACGGUAAGUUUGGGCUGCGAACUCAACCUUCAGGCUAUCAACUUCCGCCUACGGAAUUCCGAAUACAAUCCGGCUCGGUUUCACGGCGUCGUGAUGCGAAUACGAGAGCCCCGCUGCACGGCGCUGGUGUUCCGAUCGGGAAAAAUCGUCUGCACCGGGGCGCGUAACGAAGCGGACGCCUAUCUGGCCGCGCGGAAAUUUGCACGAAUCAUACAGAAGCUGGGCUACAGCGUACGCUUCAUAGAGUUCAAAGUGCAGAACCUGGUCGCCACCGUGGAUCUCCGGUUUCCCAUUCGGUUGGAGAAUCUUAACCAAGUUCACGGACAAUUCAGCUCGUACGAGCCGGAACUGUUCCCGGGAUUGAUCUACCGGAUGGUGAAACCUCGGGUGGUCCUGCUGAUCUUCGUCAACGGAAAGAUCGUCUUUACUGGAGCCAAAUCAGAACGGGAGGUCACCGAUAGUUUGGAGAAUAUUUAUCCGAUUUUGCAGAGUUUUAGAAAGAAUUAGAUUUUAGGGAAGACACGAAUCAGACAAAGGAUCUUGUAUUCUUUUCAUAAUGUAAAUAGAUAUUUUUUUUUAUUUUUGGAUAUUAAGCUCUAUUAGUUGUAUAACAAAAAGGUUGAACAUUUUCUCCGCUA